AUGCUACGAACAAUAAAACCAAAGAAUGCGCGGUCAAAACGAGUAUUGGAUGCUCGUCUGCCAAAAGAAAUUGAAGAUGCGCGAACAGCCAUCUUCGUAAAGGGCUCGCACACGGGGGAAACGCUGAACGCCGUAAUGCGUGAAUUAAUGGCCCUCAAACGACCUGACGCGAUCGCGUUCAACAAAAAGAAUCAGAUUCACCCUUUUGAUUCUGCGUCGACCUCCACGGCCUCGUUAGAAUUCUGGGCCUCUAAAAAUGAUGCUUCUCUGUUUGUUGUUGGACAGACAACGAAAAAACGCCCUGAUGGAUUGACUUUUGUGCGGAUGUUCGAUGGACGAGUUUUGGAUAUGUUGGAGGUUGGUGUGGAGAAGUGGGUUGGCAUGGCGGAGUUCAAGACACAAAAAUCGACUCCAGGCCACAAACCAUUGAUGCAUUUCGCUUCGGAGCUGUUCGAUACCCACCCCCGAUUCAUCCAACUCAAAUCCAUGCUCUUGGACUUUUUUAACGGAGAGAUUGUGGAUUCAAUAUGUCUACCUGGGCUGGAGCACGUCAUAAGCGUCACCUGCGCGCCUACACCUGCCGCAUUGAACAAUGCAACGGUCAACAUGUACCCAAACCAACACCCCACGCCAGAAGACGUUUCUGUGCUACCCAAAGUCCACAUCCGGACGUACACUACCAAACUACUCGCUUCGGGGACCCGGAUACCUCGCGUGGAGUUGACGCCUAUGGGUCCUUCGCUUGACCUCACCCUUCGUCGGCACCAGCAGGCUGAUCCGGAGAUGUUGAAGCAGGCGAUGAAGAGGCCCAAGUUGAAGAAGACGGACGUGGAGAAGGGGUUGGGUAAGAAGAGGAAGAAUAUGGAGGUGGAUGAGAUGGGCGAUUUGAGAGGACGGGUGCAUGUUGGGAAGCAGGAUUUGGGUAAGUUGCAGACGAGGAAGAUGAAGGGGUUGAAGGCGGGUGCGGAAGAGGAUGACGAAAUGGAUGUGGAUGAUGAGAAUGACUUUGGUGAUGGUGGUGGCAGGAAAAAACGCAGAAAGGAGGAUUAG